AUGGCCAGCUGCUCUUUUACCAAAGCUUGUGUGGAGCGCGGUUUGGGUCUGGUUUUUAAUAAUGGGGAGGAGGAUUUUGGUGCCUGGUUUGAAGAUUUCUGUAAUUCUCAUUUGACUGAGAAUAUUGAGAAGUUGGCAAUGAUUCUUUGGAGUGUUUGGGGGGCCCGUAAUGAUUUAGUCUGGAAUGAUAAGGCUAUUUCUGUGGAAAGGGUUGUUUCAUCUGCAAUUACUUACCUUGAUCUUUGGAAAUUUGCUCAAAAUAUCAAUGGAGGAGCUUUGUCUUCUUCUAGUCAGCCUCGUGCUGGUGUUGAGCACUGGAUUAAACCAUCUUUGGGAGAGUUGAAGGUUAAUUGUGAUGCUGCUCUGUUUUCUGGAGAAAGGAGUCAUGGAUUGGGUUGGAUUGCCAGGGAUCAUGCUGGGCUGUGUGUUGCUGCGGCAGCUGUCAAACACCGAGGAGAUAUUGAUCCUGUUGUUGCUGAGGCGCUGUCCAUGAAGGAGGCUUUGAGUUGGAUUAAGGGCCCGUUUGGCACAGCUUUUGGAAAAGCUAAAAGCUGCUUUUCAAAAAAGCUGUGA